AUGGUAUUAAAGGAGCCACAUCAUGUCCUUGCGCUAUCCUUUAAGAGCACUUAUAAAGCCACCUAUCACAGGAAGAGGUUGCCUCCAGUCAAUAUGGAAGAAAUGGCAGAAAAGGAGAGACUGAGGAAGGAAGUUGCGCAGCUCCGCAGAGAAGCGGCUCUGGAAAGAAUGAAGGUCUCCCAGUGCUGUGAAGACUUGCGGGAGUACGUCCUCCAAAAUGCUGCCAACGAUCCACUGCUGAAGGGUGUCCCAGAUGACAAGAACCCCUACAAGGAGAUCAAGGGAGGCUGUGUGAUUUCUUAA